AUGUGGCCACGAAACUUGUCUCCGGUCACACUCAUGGCCACAUUUCAUGUUUGGGGGCUGUUUCCGGUGAAGGCAUUUGGGAUGGAUCCUAUUCAUUAUUACAUAUCUGAACUGCUUUUUCAGUCAAUAUGCUUUUCCUUCUGUUUGAUUUGUCAGUAUGUGUUUGGGUGUUAUGACAAGAAUUCUAGUGAUACUACUAAUUUUCAAUUAAAGAGGCAACAUUUGCUUGUGGUUGGCAUGGUGCCAGAUGAACAUCCAAUUGAGGAGGAUGACUUCAUUGAUUCUGACUAUGAUAUCCCUUCUGGUGAUGAGGACUUCCAGCAGGUUUUGUAUGAACGAAAUGGUGAAAAUAAAGGCAGCAGAGAUAUCCCAUCUUUCCCUCAAAAUAGCACAGUAAUAGAAGGACUUUUUGGAGAAGAAAGUGAGUCUUCCAGUGAUAAUUCUGAGGACUUGUUCAUAGAACUAGAUACAGAUGAUGAUGGUGACACUAGGUUUGCAGAGUUUAAUGAAGAGAAGGAGAUGUAUAACCCAAGGUUAAGGGUUGGGUUGGUAUUUAGAGAUUUUGAUCAACUAAAGAGGGCUUGUAGAAACUGGGGGAUUAAGAACAGAUUUCAGCUAUGGUUCUCACAGAAUGAUAGAAAGAGAGUAAUCUGUGCAUGCCACAACAAACAAUGUUCUUUCAGGAUUUAUGCAGCUCACAUGAGCAAAGACAAUCCAUCAGUGCAAAUUAAGAGUGCUAAUCUUGAUCACAGCUGUGGAAAGGUCUUCAAUAAUUUUCAUGUAAAUUCAAGGUGGCUUGCCACUAAAUAUUUUGACAAGUUCAAGGCUGAUCCAAAUUGGAGCUGCAAUGGCAUAAUUAAACAAGUUAAGGAUGACCAUGGUUUCACAAUUUCUCAUAUGAAAGCUUGGAGAACCAAACACUUGGCAAUGAAGUUGGUCAACGGAGAUGAGGGUGAGCAAUACACAAACCUCACCAAGUAUGCAGCUGAGCUCAUGCAAACCAAUCCAGGUAGCACACUAAUUUUGUGGAGGGAUGAAGGUGUCUUCAAAGGGUUUUAUAUCUGUCUAAAGCCCUUAAAGGAUGCAUUCUGGUCAGGUUGUAGGCCAUUUAUAGGAUUUGAUGGAUGUUUUUUGAAAUCUCUCUAUGGUGGUCAGUUGUUGUCAGCAGUAGGGAUUGACCCCAAUGAUUGUAUACUACCCAUUGCCUAUGCAGUAGUGUUGGUUGAGAAUAGAGAUACUUAG